GCUGUGUAGGUGGCUGGAAGAACACUCACAGGUGUGGAAAGAAAGGACUUGCCACCGACCUGGGCUUCUAGGGACCUUUCUCUUGACUGGGAAGGAUUUUGAUGUUAAUUGAAAAUACCUCCAGAAGAUUCAAGAAGCUGUGAAAUAAGUCUGUGAAGGACCAGCAUGGGAAUCCUAUACUCUGAGCCCAUCUGCCAGGCGGCCUAUCAGAAUGACUUGGGUCAAGUGUGGCAGUGGGUGAAGGAAGACGGCAACUGUAUCAACGUUCAAGAUGGCUUUAAUGGAGACACCCCCCUGAUCUGCGCUUGCAGGCGAGGGCACCUGAGAAUCGUUUCCUUCCUUCUCAGAAGAAACGCUGAUGUGAACCUCAAAAACCGGAAACAGAGAACCUGCUUGCAUUAUGCUGUGAAGAAAAGAUUUACCUUCUUUGAUUAUCUACUCAUUAUCCUCUUAAUGCCUGUCCUGCUUAUUGGCUAUUUCCUCAUGGUAUCAAAGACAAAGCAGAAUGAGUCUCUUGUACGAAUGCUACUUAACGCUGGUGCCGAAGUUAAUGCUACAGAUUGUUAUGGCUGCACUGCGCUACAUUAUGCCUGCGAAAUGAAAAACCAGACUCUCAUCCCUCUGCUCCUUGCAGCCCAUGCAGACCCCAUGAUAAAGAACAAGCAUGGUGAGAGUUCCCUGGAUAUUGCACAGAGAUUAAAAUUUUCCCAGAUUGAAUUACUGCUAAGGAAAUCGUCAUAAUCAUUAUGACCUCAUAUGAAGAAGUACAAAAAGGACUGGAUUCUAUUUCCAUCUUGGACUGUUGGUCUGUGGACCACUCAAUCUGGAGGUCACCAUGGUAUGAGGAUAACUAUGGUUGCCAUGGGCAAUGUUUUGGAAGAGCUUUGUAUUUCUAAUGUUUUUUUUGCUCAGUGGAGUUCACUGUGGUCAAAAUCCUUCUAGAGGAAACACUAAAGCUGUCGGAUUCUCCACUGCAGUCAAAAAAGGGUGAUGUUUCAAACUCAGUCUCUCCUAAAGGAGAGUAUCAGCGUUAUCCAUGUUAUCUGUUUUCAGUUGUGUUGCUCUUAUAAAGACGCUGUCCCAUCCAUAUCCUGCCCCAGGAGAAAAACUGUUCUUCUGAGGCUCCUUUGAGGAAGAAUCAAAGCACGCACAUUUGUAUAGAAUGGUGUACGUAUGUGUGCCGGUUUAGAGAUUCGUAUAUAAAUAUUCCAGCUUCAACAAAAUUGUCUAUCAGUUGUCACCACAGAUAUUGGCAAACGCUACAAGUCAGAGCCUUGUUUUCCUUUCCAAGGAGCCAGUGUACCAGCAUACCUCUAGAUGUUUUACUAUCAAUUUACAAAUAAGAGCCGUCUUGAUUUUGAAAAACAUUAUGUAACUAUCAAGUUGUUUAUUGAAAAAUUGCUUUAUGAUUCUCUUGUGAAUACAAAGCAGUUACUAAUCUUGUUAGUACUGUUUAUUUUUUAUUCAUAAAAUUAAAACUAUUACUGUAAA